UCCCAACACUCACUUCCCUUCAGCUCCUCUGCUCGGCUCAUCUGGAGCUGGAGGACUCAUGAAGGAAGAUGGACGCCCGGGUUCUGCUCUUCUUCAUCCUGCUGGGAUGCAGCCGUAUGUACACCACUUCUGUCUCCACCUUCUACUCAUCCAUCCUUAAACAGACAGAACUCUCCAGUGCCGUCUACACCAUCACUAGUCCUGGCGUGACCUACACUAACCAGCAAGGAUCCGACACUGUAAAAAGCCACCGGACCGCUAGACAAGGGACAUCGUCAGAGGUCCUCAGCUCAGACUCAACAUACAGGAACCAGAUCACCAAACCUUCAACCAGGACGUUGGUCACUACACACUUUACUCCUGAGGUUUCAACUUCAGUUGCAGAGCUGUCAGCUUCAACCGGUGGCCAUAUUGUUUCCUCGAGUCCGACUGCGCUCACCUUGUUGAGGUCCUACAAUGUUUCCAGGAGGCCGUCUACUACAAAUGUCCUUCAACCUGGGAUGAAAGCCGGAACGACAUCAGGAAACAGUGACUUCUCUACUGCAUUCUCAUCCUCAAUUAGCAAUGAUCUUAAAUCUGAAACUUCAGCUGUGACUCAGGGUUCCUUCACUGCUUUCUCAGAGACAAAUAACCUUCUGGGUACCUCCAAGGUCACAGUUAACUCAAAGGUCACCACCUCGUCUGAGGUCACCUCUAUGGUACCUGUAACCUCUGAGGUCAACAUCAAGUCUGAUACCAUCUCCGAGGAUCCAAUCACCUCCGAGUUCAGCAUCUCCUCUGAGGUCACAUCCAAUUUUACUGUUAGUAGUACUGUGGUUUCUGACACUGAGUCAAACCAAGAUUCAACUUAUACAACUAAUUCAAUGCAUGGCAAGAAUCUUUCGCCUGCAUCCAGCACCUCUACGCCUCCUCCCACGGCAGCUCAGGUGCCUUCAACACAAAAUAUGUUGCUUACAUCCAUCAUGGAGAUAUAUCCUCCAUCAACUUGGAAACCCCCGACAACCAUUUCCCAGAGGUCACCCAGAACAUCCCUGCCGCUGACAACGGCCUCUGCUGUUCAUCUGAAGGUCUCAGAGACCGAAGGUAUAAAACGCACAUCUCCAUCAGCCAGGCCGGUGUCUUCAAGAAGGAUCAUCAUCUCAACUCAACCCACCAACACCACCACCAUUACAACCAGUACAAUGAGUAUAACACCUGUAGCUCCAACAACAACAACGGCUUCAACGCCAACCCCACCCACUACCAUGCCUGUAACAACAUAUACUUCCACUACAGCAUCUUCAACCGGAAAACAUGCAGCCAUGACCACAACCAUCAAAAUCACUCCACCCACGACUCCAUCUACCAUUACAGCCAGUGCAACACCUGUAGCUCCAACAACCAGAACAAUCUCAACGCCAACCCCACCCACUACCAUCCCUGUAACAACAUAUACUUCCACUACAGCAUCUACAACCAGAAAACAUGCAGCCAUGACAACAACCAUCACAAUCACUCCACCCACGACUCCAUCUACCAUUACAGCCAGUGCAACACCUGUAGCUCCAACAACCAGAACAAUCUCAAUGCCAACCCCACCCACUACCAUCCCUGUAACCAGAGAACACGCAGCCACGACAACUAUCAAAACUACUCCACCCACCAACACAACCAACACAACCAGUUCAACCAGUACAACACCUGUAACUCCAAAUACCACCAGAACGACAAUAACCGCUCCUUCUCCUUUGGCUACAACUGCACCUCAACCAACGAUUUUAUCAUCGACCACCUCUACACGUGCCUCUCGUUGCUCCAUGAACUUCACUGAGGUCCACUCUAGUUCCAGCUCAGUCGUGGUGACCUUCACCACGACCGGUGUCUCCUGCUCCUUCAGCCUGUCUGUGGACUCUAGGACUGAGGCUUCUGAGUGUGACCGGGAGGGAGAUUCUGAGACCAGCUUUACCUGUCAGGUAACAGAUCUGGAUCCCGGGACUUUGUACCGUUUAACUGUGACAUCCAGUGAAGACCAAGAGAGGAUACGCUGCUCGGUGCGCACAGGUGAGUUAAAUAGCUUUAUUAUCAUUGUUAGAUAUGACGCUCCUGCUUCUGUUAACAAUUUCCUUCUUAUUGUCACAACCGUGGAGAAAAAAGGAAAUGCAGACUUAACAAAAUACAAAAAUAAUUUUUUCACAAACAAAAAAUGGAGGGCAAAACACAGAAUAGGACCUCACCAACAUACUAAAACACAUACAACGUAAUGACUCAACAAAGGACAAGGGACACACAUGGGUGGUGCAGGUGAUUGGACACAGGUGGAAACCAUCAUGCACAUUGCAGAUAAUCAGGGGAUGACAGGACAAAGCAGGAAGUGAAGCUAACCCAGGGACACAAGAUAUAGGGGGCAAGAGUAGGGGUGCAAGAACUAGCAAAGUCGGGCAUCAGGGUGCAGGGACUGGCGGAGUCGGGGGCAGGUGUCGGGGAGACAGAUUCAGAGGUCGCUGUGGCCCAGCAGGAACGGGGGUGUGCUGCUUUCUAUGGUCCGGUGACCUCUGAGGAAGUGAAGCUGAAGUGAAGCUGAACCAGGGACACAAGAGACAGGAAACUAAAAAUAAAACAGGACACAAACCCACACUGUGACACUUAUGCAUUAACAGUGUCCAUAGAAGGUAAUGGGGCGUUGCCCCACCAUGAGUCACUGAAAAAAAUAUAUAUAUAUAUUCAUUUUUUGUUGUUUAUUAUAUUAAAAAAACAUCUUAAGAAUAAUCAAUAUUUGUGUUUUUGAUAGGUGGAUUAAAUACCCGGUAGUUUUUGUAAAUUAAG